ACGUUCGCUUGCCAGUCUGGAGCCGCCCGCACGCGCUCGUAAUCAGAGGUGAACGAGUGUACUAACCCAUGUAUCAAUCUUUUACACAAACAAUGACUCUUUUUGUACAUUUUUAUCACGUGAUAUGGAUAGCGUUCACCGCUUGCACGACGACAGGUCGGGAGAUAUCUAGCGGCCAGAAUGUAGUCUCUGUAGCACCUAUAGAAGUACCAGAUGAGACAAUGUACCCGAGAUUUGCAGAACCAAUACCAAAUGUCACUGUCACUGUCGGCAGAGACGCUUUAUUGGCCUGCGUUGUUGACAAUUUACGAGGUUUCAAGGUAGCUUGGGUACGGAUGGAUACACAAACUAUUCUGAGCAUACACCACAAUAUCAUAACGCAGAAUCCGCGCAUAAGUUUGUCGUACAACGAUCACCGAUCGUGGUACUUGCACAUCAAGAACGUGCAGGAAGUGGAUCGCGGUUGGUACAUGUGCCAAGUCAAUACCGACCCUAUGCGUUCCAGAAAGGGAUAUCUUCAAGUUGUAGUGCCUCCAUCAAUCAUCGACAACAUGACGUCGACUGACAUGGUGGUGCGUGAAGGUUCCGACGUGACCUUGGUAUGUCGAGCUUCAGGCUAUCCUGAGCCUUAUGUUAUGUGGAGGAGGGAGGAUGGUCAAGACUUUAAUUACAAUGGGGAAUCAGUUAGUGUGGUAGAUGGGGAGACAUUGACGAUAAAUAAAGUGUCUCGGCUUCAUAUGGGGGCGUACCUUUGCAUCGCAUCCAAUGGAGUACCACCUUCAAUCAGCAAGCGAAUCAGUCUAAUGGUGCAGUUCCCGCCGAUGCUGUCGAUUCCAAACCAACUGGAGGGCGCAUACAUUGGACAAGAUGUGACGCUGGAAUGCCACACUGAGGCGUACCCCUCUUCCAUCAACUAUUGGACCACUGACCGUGGAGAUAUGAUUAUUUCCGAAAUGGAAAUUGUAGGUGGGAAGUACGAAGCCUACCCUAUGGACAGCGGAUAUAACAAGUUCAUGAUGCUCAAGAUUCGAAAUAUUACCAAAGAAGACUUCGGUCACUAUAAAUGCGUCGCCAAGAACUCCCUCGGGGAAACCGAUGGCAUCAUCAAAUUGGAUGAAAUACCAGCACCGCCAUCAGCGUUUACUACUACUCACAAACCCAAUUUAGACAAUCACACAGCUCGUAAAAAAGGGCUGUUCCAAGUCGUUCAAACCAAUGAGGCGAUCAGCUCCAAUUUCCAAGGAGAAGUGUACGGCGAACAAAUGAAUUACGGUUUUGAACCGGAAGACAGUUCAGCCGAGUGCCGCAGUUCAAGCUUACUUUUAGUUUCAACAAUUAUUUUAUUCUCAGCGACUGUAAUAUGUCGGUCACUUUCGUGAUGAUGAAUUUGGUUUGUUUAGUAUGUUGUAUAAUUUGGUUAUUACUUUUCAUAUUUAUGUUCAUUUCUUUGCGCUGAAUGGACAAUAAUCAUUGGCUUCUUGUAAGUAAUUUGUUUAGAAAUGAUCAUAAAAAUAUUUCAAAACACAAGAUAAUACAAAUAAUUAAAAUUGUUUAUCGAGGCCACUCAUGUACAUAUGAGCUUUUAGGACGGAGAACAUACUUAUCGUUGGCUGCAGCGGAUAGCGGCAAAGUAACGUGUGCUGUAACUUGCGCUCACCUAAAGUACACCUCAGUAUUUUAUUUGGCUCAGGUUUUCAAAGGAACUUGUUGUUUUGAUCAUAGUAUUUACUUGCAGAAGUACCUCUAAAAACACAGUAACAGUCGGCCUAUUCUGAUCAAUUAAAACGUCCUAGGGGUAGAACCUUAAAUCAGUGCACCAGAAUUUAGUCUCAUCAUCAUCUCGUCAUGACAGCAGCUGACAACCACGUUCGCUGUAUCAAAAGUGAAACGACGAAGAAAUCGUUCGUUGCGCCAUCGCCAUCCGAAGGUAUAUGUUUCUUCGCUACAGGCAGUGAGGAGUGUUUUCCGUCUUAAACAAGAUGACCAAUAUAUCCUAAUUUCUAUAUAUUGUAUAUUUUGUUUUAUAAAUACAGCAGGUUUAUUACAUCUGUGUACUUCUAGUUUAUUUUCCAUUCUUAAAUACGAGCAUGUCUGCAAAUACUAACUCGAAUUUUCUACGAC